CGGGGCCGGGCCGGGAGCGGGCCCGGGCGGGCGAGGGGCGGCAUGGCGCGGACGGUGGUGGAGCUGUUUUACGACGUCGUGUCACCUUACUCCUGGCUGGGGUUUGAGGUGCUCUGCCGGUACCAGCACGUCUGGAACAUCGACCUGCGCCUUCGGCCGGCCUUCCUCGGCGGCAUAAUGCAGGCGACGGGUAACAAGCCCCCAGCAAUGUUGCCACGGCGUGGAGAAUACAUGCUGAAGGACAUAAAAAGGAUGGCAAAAUACUACCAAGUGCCUGUAAAAAUUUCAGAAGAUGUCUUCCGUCGUAUCCUUGGUACAAGCAGUCUUCAGGCCAUGCGCUUUAUCACAGCCAUCGAUAUGACAGAACCACGAUACCUGGAACAUUUAUCUAGGGAGUUCUGGAUGCGUUUUUGGUCACAGCAUGAAGAUAUCAGUCAGCCAGACAACAUAUUGACUGUUGCCAGACAGGCUGGGCUAACAUCAGAGCUCAGCCAGAAGCUACUUGAAAUGAUUUCAACCCCUGCAGUGAAGAACCGCCUGAAAGAGACAACAGAGGAAGCAUUAAAAUACGGGGCAUUUGGGAUGCCUGCUGUUGUGGCACAUUUUCAUGGGGAACCUCAUCUCUUUUUUGGCUCUGAUCGUUUAGAGCUGCUAGGCAGCAUUAUAGGUGAAAAAUGGCUGGGACCAGUUCCAUCAGUUCCAAGCCCCAAGAUGUGAAAAGUCCUAGGGAAAUAUAUAAGAUUGAACAUUUAUGUACAUGGUCAAUCUUCAGUGAUUAUCUGAAUGUAUCCAAUUUUAUGGAGAGAUGGCUUUCGCAUCCUUAACAGUUAACUUCACAGUUCAGUCUCAUCUCUAUAAUGAUGAAGAAUUUCAAGGUUUGCCAGUAAUUACCAGUCUCGUGGGGUCUUUACCAAUACAAAUGUGCUUCUUUUCUUUCAACAGAUUAAUGAUUUACAUUAAAGAUUAAACAUUAAAUAUUUAA